GCUUCACGUCAAAGCUCAGAUUUUCGCCACUCAAUUGUUUCUCGCAAAAACAAAGCUAGUAAAAAGCACGACACAAACAAAACAAACAAGCACAUACACACCAAUAUGAGACUUCGAGCUUGCCCAUUUCGAAAUAUCUGUGUUGAUACUGCUAGUCCAAAACUAUAUUCAUCACUGAAUUAUUCAUUUCUUCCUUGUUGUAAAGCGAUAUUUUCCUGAGUUUUGUUUGAAAAGACAGAAUCCUUUCAGGCUGUUGUUCCUACUCAUUACACGUUCAACAAACCGUGAGAGCUCAGAUCAUUUGAUACGCCCAUAGCUCCUUUCCUCCCCCCACAUUAUGAACCACAAAGACCGUGGAAGGUCACCAGACCGGUGCAGUGGAUGCCAGACGAGAGGGUUGGUUGCAAGGCGAGAUCGCUCGGUGACUACAAACCCCAAGAAUCACUCAGCGCAUACUCCUGAUCCACUCUCUCGCCGCGUCACUGUAGUCAUUCGCAGUGACGAGUCGGUGGAAGCAACAGAGCAGAGCGUUCGCCACAAAAUCGUUCAGACGAGGGAAAGCAAGCCGAGAGGAGAGGGCAAAUUUGAAAAUCACUAAUCGCAGCUCCUCACAAUCUUCGAGCAUAGUGGAUGUAAUCACUGGGAAUUGUCAGGCUGCACAAUGGGAGUAGUGUCAUUGAUGUCACCCACCGGAAUGCUCCCCAGCGCGCGGUGAAAAUUUACACUCUCGUGGUGGAAAAAUCUGCCUUUUGUUGUUGGCAAUUCGCCUGGUGGUGUGUUGUGAGGCAUUAGUGUCGAUGCAUCACACCUGAAAUCAGCUUACCAUUCGUGUAACACAAACAGGGAACAAUACGACAUCGAUCGCAAGGAAAGAGCAGCAGAGGUCAGGAAUAUAAAACCGAGUUGAGCUGGAAGUAAUUCUGAGUUGAUCUGGUGAAGGAGGAGAGAGUAGUAUUCCAGCUAGCACUUGAGGGUCGCCUUCAAUUGAAACCUCGUUACCUUCCAGAAGACGCAGUCAGCUUUGACGUGCGCCUUUUCAUUUGUUGGUUUCUGUACGCAGCUUGAACCUCGACACCAAAGGGUUUUUUUACGGUUGUCGUGGUAUUUUGUGAACCUGUGCCGUAUGUAUGCAGUUAGCCACGAAGGGUCAUGGUUCCACCGGAGAGGGGCAGUCUCCUUAUUUCGCUACUGAUUCUGGUGUCGUUCAGCCGUGUGCGGGCGUGGCAUGAAUUAGACAACUCCCCGUUUCACUGUUGGCCCCUCAUUAACCCGGAUGAGAAGAACUAUCUGCAUGAUUGUCACGGUCUGACGAUGGCGUGGUUGGCGGACCCGCCCCUCGAAGUCCGGAGUGCAGACAACUUUGUGGUGAAUUUCACGAUUCAAGUGGCGGACUCCUUCUUCGACUGGGCGGUGAGGAACGACACGUCUUACGCGGUGGAAUACAAACCAGUUUUCCAUCCCGACCUCAAACUGAAGACGGGCUCGGAGGCGAGACGAUGGUGCGAAAGCACCCGCUGCCCUGAUAAGUCAAAUGCUGAUCAAUACAACUGUUGUUUCCAUCACGUCAACGUUCACUCCUGCCCUCAGGACAAGCUCGGCACCGGCAUAUGCGGUCCAUGGGUUCCGCCAGACGGAGAUAUAUUCACACAUACGGAGUCCCAGGUUGAUAGCCUAAACCACACUGAUUGGUCCACCGCUGUUGCACUCGUCCCUGUAGGAGUGACGUCAAUCAUUGCGCACAUCCGGAUUGGCAACCUGCAGGCGGCAUUGCACCACACACUGACCGUCAAACGUCGGAGUGAUUGCGGCAACAACGAAUGCGAAGGGGAUGAAGGGGAGGAUUGUUCAACCUGCCCGGCCGAUUGCAACAGAUGCCCGCUGCCACAGGGUGCUGUAGCGGCCAUUGCAUGUACCUGCGUCUUCAUCAUGGCCGUCUUUUGUGUCGUUAUCGGGUAUUUCUACUGGAGGCAAGAAAAGAUGCUGUGGGACGAGAGCUGGAUCGUCAACUAUGACGACAUCAAGCCAGAUACCGGCAUGCGAGGAUUCACUGGUAGUGUAAUCAGCGUCCGUACCGAUAACGAGGCUUCUAGCAUCGGUGGGUUAGCUGCUGCGGCACAUUCUAAACAGCUCUUCGCCCAAACCGGAAUCCUCAACGGGCAAACUGUUGCCAUUAAAAUCAUCAACAAAAUUUCAUUCGCCUUGGACAAACGUAUCCGGAAGGAGGUGAAACAAGUAAGAGACAUUCAUCACGUAAACCUAUGCAAGUUCAUGGGAGGGUGUAUUGAGGUCCCUCACGUUGCCAUAGCGACGGAGUAUUGUCCCAAAGGCAGCCUAACGGAUGUCCUUCUUAACGAUGAUGUUCCACUGAAUUGGAGUUUUAGGUUUUCAUUCUGUAGUGAUAUAGCCCGCGGAAUGAACCAUUUACACAGCAACAGAAUCUACCAUGGAAGACUCAAAUCCUCCAACUGCGUGGUAGACGACAGAUGGGUGGUGAAAAUAUCUGAUUACGGUCUGCGAGAGUACCGGAAAACUGAAGGAGUUCAACCGGGCGAGAACGAGACCUAUGCGGCCUUGGUUGCUAGAGUUUACCUUCCCCCAGAAAUACUGGAAUUUCCCAACUCUGCCGUCACGCCGGCCGUGGAUGUUUAUAGUUUCGCAGUAAUACUAGUUGAAAUCGCCACGAGAAACGAACCCUGUGAAUCCCAAGACCUGGAUAAAAUAGACGGUAGGUGGCGCCCCGUUCUUCCCGAUCUCAACUCUUCUGACGUCAUGCCGGAUGACGAAAGAUGCCCGUGCCCCGACGAGUACAAAAAGCUGAUCGAGCGGUGUUGGCAGUCGAAUCCGACUCUGCGACCCGCUUUCUCUCAGAUCAAGUCCACGUUACAUAGUAUCAACCCUAGCAAGCUCAGCCCUGUCGACAUGAUGAUGCAGUUAAUGGAGAAAUACUCCAAGCACUUAGAGACGCUGGUUGCUGAGAGAACACAGGAUCUAGAACUGGAGAAACAGAAGACGGACCGACUACUCUAUAGUAUGCUUCCCAAGCCAGUGGCCGAUGAUCUACGGCAAGGUAUACCAAGCAAGGCUGAGGCCUUCGAAAGUUGCACCAUCUUUUUCAGUGACAUAGUGGGCUUCACGAGUCUAUCUAGCGGUAGUUCACCCUACGAAGUUGUGGCUCUUCUCAACAAGUUGUACGUGACUUUCGACUCCAUCAUCGAUGCGUAUGACGUGUACAAGGUGGAGACGAUUGGAGAUGCCUACAUGGUGGUAUCUGGCAUUCCAAAACGCAAUGGUCUAGUCCACGCAGGGGAAAUCGCAAGCAUGGCCUUAGACUUGGUACAAGUCUGUGAGACGUUUGUUAUCCCACACAGGCAGAAUCUUAAGCUCAGAAUUCGAGCGGGUAUUCAUUCAGGUCCUGUUGUUGCGGGAGUUGUGGGCCUCAAAAUGCCCAGGUACUGUCUAUUUGGCGACACAGUCAACACCGCAUCCAGAAUGGAGUCCACAGGAGAAGCUCUGAAGAUCCAAGCGAGCGAAGCAUGCGUAAAAAUCCUCGACGUUCUCGGCGGCUACGACACCGUGAUGCGAGGGGAAAUGCCGGUCAAGGGGAAAGGCAUUAUGAUUACGUACUGGGUGGAGGGGAAACACGAUAAUCCGACGACAGACUCAACCCAGACGCUACUCACCGCGACCAACGUGGUACUCAACGGCGAGCCGGACAAGCCAGCCGGCUCGCCAAGAGAGCAGCUGUCUGUCAGCGACUUUGACGAGGAGACUGGUAACCGCAAGGUGUCGUUACCAGGCUCAAUCGAAGAUCGAGAGGUGAACGAGAAAUCUUGUCUGAUCAAUGAAAGCCAAGUAUGAUGCCCAACCCUCGUCGACCUCCAGCUUCGCUCAGCCCACGACCUUUUCCUCAAGGCGACUUCUUAUAUUUCUAAGGCUCCAUUGCUAACGGCAACCCAAGUCAACUCUCCAGCGUGCAAUGGGAAUGCACUCCUUCCAUCCACCAGGGUGUUCAGAUGCCGUUGGUGUGUUGCGUUUCCUUGUCAAAAUCUUGCGCCCGUAGAUAGCGCAAUCGGGUAUACGGGCGACAUCUCGACCCCUACGGGUAGUCCCAUACUGUAGGCCUCAUUUCAAAGCAUCAGUCCCGUAGUGUGUCAAGAAAACCUCCAUGUUCUUAUUUUUCGGGUCUUUUUUAAUGAAGGUUUUGUGGUGAUCUGGUGAAGACCCAUUCAUCAAAUCCCGCUGUACAUUGCAUGAGAUGUCUCACAGUUGGCUGUGCUAAUGUUGUUAACCCCGUGCGGAAGCUGACAACUGAGGGAGCCCUUUAGUAUUAGUGGCUGAUGUGGAUAGGUUGGCCGCGUCCGAAUGCUUUGGCUGUGGGAACCGGCUGCGGCUACGACCGUAGACGUAAAUUACAUACUUAAAUGGCACAGCUAAGUUAUUCAGACAUGGCCCAUGGUUUCUGUAGACCUUUCUUUUACUGACAAACACUGACUGCCAAAAUUGCAGACAGUUUACCCUUGGUUGGUAGCGUUUGCCUCUAAAUGCUCAUUUUGCUUCGUCUGCGUUGACAUAGGAAGCAUUUUCUGUAUUUAGUUGCAGUAUUCAUUAUUUUGUGUUGGAAUAUUGUACAUGAGAUCUUCGUAUACUUUGUCAAUGAUUCAUUCGUUUUGUACUUGCUGCACUUGUGACGUUAGCGGAAGAAAGGUUGUUAGGCACUCCGCCCUCAACCAUUUGCACAAAUGCAAAAACUUAUACGGCUCAACGCACAACCAACAAGUUUUAUCUUGUGACUGUAUGCCUGAAAGUGCGCCACCAAUAAAAAUGAAUAACCGAACUUGGGAAAAAGCUUAUAGGCUCAUGCGUAAAUAUUAGCAUUUUUUUAAUUUCGGCAUCAGUAUGUUUAAUGUGACGUUUUUGGACUUUAUAAUUCCAAUGUACCAUGGAUUUUGAUACCACUUGAAUUCUCGUCGACCCUGACCUGGUUAGGAUCACUAUGUUUUCUUGUUAUUUUUAGCCUGAAAGGUAGCCCUUCAAGCAGGAAGAUGAACAAGGAUUUUGACAGGUGGUAAAACCUUAAAAACGGGGUGUUUGAGGGGCGAUUCGUGUAAAACGAGCCUUAGUGUUUUGUUUUGUUUUUCGAGACGUUACUGUUGUGUUGACGCACGAUGCUCACUGGAUGUGUUGUGGCAAAGUACAUGUAAUCAUUGCAGACCUGUUGAGAUGCAUGAUUUCCUGAGAUUUCCUAAGUAACGGCCUUUACUCAUCGACUACUGAGUAUCAAAGUUACAACUCGACCAGACAAGAUGCGAAAGCCGAAAGCAGAACUAGAAGGUACUUACGCUCUGUGCCCCUGUAGUAUUUUCGACGUGCGCGUGGCCUAGUGAUCUUUGUACAUCUAAGAACCCCUUUUCACACCGUUUGGGCUCCCUUUUUUGCUUAGAAGUGGAAGACUUCAAUUGAAACAUGUUACAUCAUGAAUUCCCUGGUUUUGAACACCCUUGAAAAUUGUGAGAAAAGGGGUUACCCUUCAAUAGGCCUUACAGACUGCCUGAAAGCUUCUUAUAAACCCAGCUAUGUUCGUGCUUGAGCAGCGGCUUUUUGCCCCAAACGAUGUUAACUCCCUCCCCAUCCAGUAUUCUGCGAUAACACCCCCUCCCUGACAAAAAUUAUUUGUUGUCAUGUACGUUACUGCUCUUGCCAACGAAACCGACAGAUUUUGUUCGUUUGGUUUUCCGUUUUGUUUUUGUUGUUUUUCAUAUUUAACAAACUUCCAGCUCGAAAAUUAGGGCUAGCAAGAAUCCAGGGCUGACAAUAACGAUUUUGUUUUCCUUUUGAUGUUUAAUGUUUCAGUCUGACGUUACUUCUUUUCAGAAUCAUCAUCUCCAAAACUACGGUGAACGCCUCUUGUAUUAUCGUUUAGAGUGUCUAAAUUUGGCAACUGCGCGUGUACGGUGGAGACAGUUUAUUGACAGUGACAAAACACAAGAGAGACAGACAAGACAAGACAGACCGAACUGACACAUGACCCGCUGUUUUAGAGAGGGGGUGGGUGUGGAUUGCCUCCUUCCCAAGCGGUCAAAGUACUAUGUUGCAAGUCGACAGCCGAUAGUUUCGGGCGCGUCGCGCUUCGUGUGUGGGCCGAAGAUGAGCUUUUCAUGGUUUCCAAGGUGUCGAGAGAGUGCGCCCUCAGUCUGUGCUUCCUGUAAAAAAUUCCACUCUGGCCUUGGCCAGCGAUUGGUAGGCCUUUUGUGUGAGCAAUCAUGAAAGGGCUGGCCCAUAACCACAUUUUCUGGCUGAGGUCUUCAGUAGAAUAUAUUUCUUUCCGAAAAGGGGUAGGGAGAUUGUAUUCAAAGUAUCAUGUGCUAUUUCCACAUUCUGCUCGUGUGUCCCGCGUGGCCACGCCCCCACGCCGGAUCCACCAGUGAAGAAACGUUAAAUCUGGCAUAUAAUUGUAUUAGACAUGAUACCACUAAGCCUGCUCAACUGUAUUGUUGAUUUUUACAGGUGGUGGGGUGAUCUGUUUCUGCCGAUUGUUAUCCACCUUUUUUAUGAUUUUUUUUUCUGUUCUCAAUUUAUCUUGUGUGUAUCAUUUAUGUGACAAAUUUCCCAAAAUGGCUAGCGGGGGACCCGUGAAGGAGUUCUUCUCUUAUUCGUUGAUGACCGUGACUGGUACCAUGCCGUGCGAUUUUUUUGUCUGCAUCUUUGAGUCUAUACGGUGUUCAUCACCUCCUUGUAUUUAUUUAUUUGUUAUUUAUUUUUUUAUUGUAAAUAUGAACUGUAUAUCGAACUGCCUUUCGUCUUGCUAGCAUUUAAUUCAAACAGUUUAGUUGGAAGAAAAAACAAGGAUCUUACACUCCAGUGUGUAAAUUAUAUAAGUGUAGUUCGUAUGAGUGAUCUUAUGCGCUCAACAAAGACGACGGUGGUUUUAACACAUUUUAAGAAAAAUAAUCCGCACUUUUUAGGUCUAACUGUAGAAUUUAUCGAAGUGAACAUAAUUAUUCCUUACUCUGAUACAAUUGAUAGAGGGUUUGAUUACCGCAAAAAGUUUUAUUGUACAUGAUAUUUCAAGAGAACUUUCCGUUUUGUAUUUAACUGUGUGGCGUGCAUUAAUAAAACGAACACGAACAGACCCGUGUGUAAUAUAUGAGGAAAUAUUUUAAUGUAUAUUUGAUACUUGUUAAUUUAUGUGAUUGAAACGGUCCUAGAAUGUAGCUGGUAAUCGAUUGAUUGGUUACUGAUUGAUUUGAAUGCCCUUUAUCCCUUCCUUGAUAUUAAAAUACCGACACAAUGCAAGAUUGGCGGCUUGAAGUGUUCUGU